AUCAAAACAAAAACGUCCAUUGGAAGCGCUGAGUUGAAAGUGCCGCAUACGAAGCGGCUUUUGUAAAGAUGGAUUCCUUGAAAGCCACUCCCAAUAUCAGCCAUAUUUUGUCCAAAAUAAAGCAACCGGAUAAUUUAGCACACAAAACGGAAGCUGUCGUGGAAAAGUCCAAACCAGUAGUGGACAAAGCCACGACGAAAGCCACCAAGAAUGAUGAAAGUGCUCCGAAUGUGCAAAUUCGAGGAAGACCAAAAUCGGGUAGAAUUUGGAAGACGCAGAAGGAAAGAUUUGCUGUAGUAAAGAAGACUAUACGCCGAAUGAAAACAAAAGAACGUUUAGCGUACAGACAGGAAAUGAAGCAAAUCAAGGAGCUGUCCCAAUCGCUGAAGAACGAAAGAAAACGCCAGAACGAGGAGAAGCGCGAACGACGGGAAGAGAACAAGCGGAGAAGAUUGGAGAAUGAACGGAAGGCUGAGAUCGUUCAGAUAAUCAACAACCCUGCCAAACUGAAGCGCAUGCGAAAGAAGCAGUUGCGAAUGAUUGAGAAACGAGACAUAAGUAAAUUAAAGGUUGUUUAAAGGUUUAAAAGAAAACAUAUUUGUGUACUCGUAAAAAAAUAAAACCAUAACAUUAAUUACGACCAGCCGUUAAUCGUUUAGCGACUGGAGGAACUCGAACAAGUUGUUCCACUCAAAUCCAUCUUUUUUGUCCACGAGCUUCACGUGACCGAUCUUACUAAUCACUUGGAACAGUUUAUUAAACGGCGGAUAAGAGUCCAGGUGAUUGCGAUCACCGAGGACGAUAAGUUUCACCUGCGCUCGUGUGAUUGCGACGGUUAAGCGUCGUUUAUCGAAUAAUAUUUCGUUGUUUUUAGCACCGGUCAACUCACCAUUCUCGUCGGCUUUAUCCUUCACAGCAUCAUCGGUCAGAUUGUUUGUUUUUGUA